UAUCAGACAAAAAAGAGUGCCCGCCUUAUCAUCACUGUUCACGCUGCUGUACCAUUCAUUUGGCAGGAUCUUAAUAUAAAGCAGCCCUGUUGGGUCCAAAGAUCGGACACCCCCUCAGCUCCCCCCACCCUUUCUUCUUUCUAUAUAUCUUUUCUGAAUUUGUUUUCUCCCCUGCAACACCAAGCCUUGCGUGACCCUCUCUCUCUCUCUCUCUCUCUCUCUCUCUCUCGCUCUCUGCAGCUAAAAUGGGAGGAGCAGUGUUGGUGCCAUUUCUCUUUACUUUCUCCCUCUUCGUCUUCUCGACCCUGGAUGAAAUUCCCUUUGCUGCCUCUCGCAGCUUGGUGUCGGACAGUCUUUCCGUUACCACAGAGUUUGAUGUCACGGGAUCCAUUCAGAAAACCCUCGGCGUCCUCUCCUUCAACUCCCAGACCAUGACCUCCCUCCACCGCCGUGAACCCCCCAACGCCACCGCCGUGGUUCCCUCCGCUUCUGCUUCUGGUCCGGCAGUUUCCUCCACCUUAUCCCUGCGACUUCUCCCGCGAAGCUUCCUCCGCAAAAUCCCCCACCCAGACUAUAGAUCCCUCCUCCUCUCCCGCCUCCAGCGCGACGGCGCGCGCGUCGAUUUCCUCAACGCCAAGCUCGACCUCGCCGUCAAUGGCGUCCGCCCCUCGGAUCUCAGGCCCCGACAGGAGGAGCUCCAAAUGGACGAAAUCCAGAGCCCCGUGGUCUCCGGGAUGAGCCACGGCUCCGGCGAGUACUUCGCCCGGAUCGGAUUUGGGACUCCGGCGAAACAGCUAUACGUCGUCCCCGACACCGGCAGCGACAUCAACUGGAUCCAGUGCCUCCCCUGCUCCGACUGCUACUCCCAGGCGGACCCGGUAUUCGACCCGAAAGGCUCGUCGUCGUACAAGACGCUCGGUUGCAGCACCGCCCAAUGCUCCGCCCUCGAGAGCUCCACUUGCCGGAAUAACUACUGCGAGUACCAGGUAGCGUACGGCGACGGUUCGUACACCGUCGGCAACUACGCCUCCGAAACGAUGUCGUUCGGGUCAUCGGGGUCCGUGCCCAACAUCGCCAUAGGAUGCGGCCACGAUAACGAGGGUCUCUUCGUCGGCUCAGCCGGGUUGCUCGGCCUGGGCCGCCGCUCGCUCUCUUUCAACUCCCAGAUCAAGGCCAAAUCGUUCUCCUACUGCUUCGUGGAUCGGGAUUCCAGCUCAUCGUCGACUAUGGACUUCAAUUCGGCGCACCCCGCCGAUUCGGCCACUGCACCGCUGCUGCGAAACGCCAAGAUGGAGACGUUCUACUACGUGGGACUGUCUGGAAUCAGCGUCGGCGGCGAGUUGCUACAGAUCCCGCAGUCUACGUUCCAGGUGUCCGGGAAUGGGGGCGGCGGGAUCAUCGUGGACUCCGGCACGGCGGUGACUCGGCUGCAGUCGGAGGCAUACAGCUCGCUGCGAGACGCUUUCGUGAAGCGGACUCAGGGGCUGACCCGGGCGGGCAGGGUGGCCAUAUUCGACACGUGCUACGAUCUGUCGUCGAAGACGACGGUGACAGUGCCAACGGUGUCGUUUCGCUUUGUGAGCGGGAACGUGCUGCAGCUGCCGGCGAAGAACUACCUAAUUCCGGUGGACUCGGCGGGGACGUUUUGCUUUGCGUUUGCCCCGACGACGUCGUCUCUAUCGAUAAUUGGGAACAUACAGCAGCAAGGGACACGUGUGACCUAUGACCUGGCAAACUCGCUCGUGAGCUUCUCUUCCAAUAAAUGUUAAGACCUGGAGUUUAGAAAAAGGGCAAAAUAAAGAAAAAAGAAAGGUUGAGAGUAGAGAGUGAGUUAAAUUAAAAUUUUGGAAUUUACUGUAA